GCCUGCGUGCGGAGCGUGAGGAGCUGACGCACUCAGCAGCCCGCUGGACGCUGCCUCUCCUUCACUCCGCCACAAACACUAGCUGCUUCACCCUCGGUGGAGACAACGGCGGUGCACCGAUUGUAAACCCGAAGCGGUCAGCAGGGGUCAUGAGGGUGUCGGAGGCCCCGCUUGCUGUUCAGAGCAGCUGAAGCAGACAUGGGCAAAGAAGUCUCGGAUGGCAUCGGUAGGCUCAGCCUCAUCGACUUCACCAGCCACAUCCUCCUUUGCCGCAACCACCACUGGCUACGCAACAAGUUCUCUGUAUUUGCCAGCAUCUCCCAGUAAGACUUUGCAAUGAGAAUGUCCGAUACCGUUGACACUGAAACGAUGAAGGUUUCCGAGGCCGCCGACACGGUGUCAUCCGCCAAAGACAACGCCACCAAGUCCGAGGUCUCCGACCAGAGCCAGAGCAGCAGAGAUGAGCACGGCAGCAACAAUAAGAGGGACAUACAGCCUGUGAAGUACUCAAAGUCCAACACCAGGCUAAAGCUGGUGCGGAGCCUGGCAGUGUGUGAAGAGUCCUUUCCUUGCCCUAUCCCUGAGCCUUCAGCAGCACCUCAGGACGGAUUCCUUCUCCAGCCCUUCGAGAAGGAAGAACGAGGCGCUCAGGACCAAGCUGAGAAAGAGGACAGCUGCGACAAGGUGGACAAACCGGAGAAGACGCAGAGAAAGAUGCUGUCAAGAGAUUCCAGUCAAGACUACACAGAUUCAACUGGCAUCGACCUCCACGAGUUCCUGGUCAACACGUUGAAGGGCAACCCCAGGGAUCGAAUCAUGCUGCUGAAGCUGGAACAGGACAUCUUGGAUUUCAUCAGCAAUAAUGAAAGCCAAAAGAGGAAGUUCCCGCCCAUGAAGUCCUACCACAGGAUGCUGCUGCACCGCGUAGCAGCCUACUUUGGCAUGGACCACAAUGUGGACCCCAGCGGGAAGUCAGUGGUGAUCAAUAAAACCACCAACACCAGAAUACCCGAUCAGAAAUUCUCCGAGCACAUCAAGGAUGACAGGGCGGACGAUUUUCAGAAACGCUACAUUCUCAAACGAGACAACUCCAGCUUUGAUCGAGAAGACAGCACGAUUCGAAUGCGUUUGAAAGCUGACAAGAGGAGCAAAUCGAUGGAGGAGAGGGAGGAGGAGUACCAGCGAGCCAGAGAAAGGAUAUUUGCACAUGAUGGAGAUCACUUCAUCCUAGACAGAAGUGCUCAGGAUGAAGACGCAUGCAUGAGCACCCAACAGAGGCGGCAAAUGUUCAGGUUACGGGCCGGUCAGUCGGGCGCCAGCCGGCAGAGCAGCUCGGAGACGGAGACGCUGCCGCGACACGGCGAGCCGCGGCCGUGGAGCAGCACUGACAGCUCAGACAGCUCCAACCGGCUCGCCCCGCGGCCCGCCAUCACCAAGGCCAGCAGCUUCAGCGGCAUCUCCCCCGGCCUCAUCCGGGGAGACAGCACGGCCAGCAGCAAGAGCACCGGGAGGCUCUCGAAAACAGGUUCAGAAUCGUGCAGCAGCGUCGGCUCCUCGUCCAGCUCGCUGUCCCGUCCUCAGCUGCCUCUCCCGGUUCCAGCCUCGUCCCGCUCCAGCCUCCCCAACGCACCCUUGAUGCACCCGGACGCCAGAGGCUCCGGACACCCUGAGCUGACCAAGAGCAUCUCCUCACAGCCACCACCAGCCACAGACACAACAAACUACUACGUGUUGCCGCUGGAAGCCUCAGGGAUACCUCCUGGCAGCGUUCUGGUCAACCCACACACAGGCAAGCCUUUCAUCCAUCCCGACGGCAGCGCUGUAGUUUAUAACCCGGCCGGCAUCGCCCCCGCUGCUGGCAGGAUCCCACAGCAGGGGAAAGCCCCGCAGCAGCCAAUCCCCGCCGCAGCACAGCAGCAGCCGACCAAUCACCUUCACUCCCAGCCGAUCUGUCCUCCUCUCCAGCCGUCCUCCGAGCCUGUCCACAACCCAACGGUCUCCUAUCCUCUUCCUCCUCCUCUUCCUCCUUCUCAGUUCCUGCCCGUCUGUCCUAACCAACAGUACACUGUGCCUGACGCCCUCAACGCCCAGUUCAGUCACAUGACUCUGGCGCAGCAGCCGCCCAAUGACAGCGGGGCUUCGGCUCCAGAUGGCCGCCACUACCCCUCCGUGUACCACCACCACCACCACCACCCCUCCCAGGUGGUGCUGCAGGGAGCUCCUCCGCAGCAGGUCGCCAGCUACGUGGUGGCCGGGCCGUCGGGAGGACACCCCGGGGUGCUGCAGGGUCAGCCCGUCCCGCUCCCGACCCAGGGCCCCGGCCACGCGUACCCCAGCUCCACCCCGGGCCCCGCUGCUUUUCCCGGAGCCACCCUGAACCAGCCGCUCCUGCAGCAGCACACCUACAUCCAGCAGCCUGUCCAACAGAUGUCCACGUGUUACUGCUCUUCAGCUCAUCACCCACACUGCUCCAGCCAGCAGCAGCAGCAGCAGCAGCAGCAGCAGCAGCAGCAGCAGCAGCACUACCGACCGCACGUCAACGCGCUGCCCUAUAACUGCCCUCAGAGCCAAAACCUGCCCCAGCAACAAGUGCACCAAGCCGUGAUGCCAAACCCAGCGCCCAGCUACCAGACCGUAGUGGGCGUGCAGCCAACACCCAACCUCGCUCUCACUGGCAACCAGCAAAGCAAUAUGGGCAACCAGAUGCAAGGCAUGAUGGUCCAGUACCCUCCAAUGCAGUCUUAUCAGCAGGUUUCAGUCCCUCAGCAGACGUACCAGCAGCCAGUGUUUGUGUCCUGCCAGCCAGGACAGGGAGCAGUGGCUGUUGCUGGCAUGCAGCCCUGCUACAGCCUGAUCCCCCCGAACCAGCACACCACCAUGAGUUCAACAGUGAGUUUCCUGCCCGCCCCCAUGAUGGAGCAGCUCCAGUUUCCUCAGACCUCGUCGCCCUGCAUCUCCCAGCAGCACCCGGGCCAGCAGUAUGCAGGGCUGUUACCCCCGGCCCCCGGCGGCGGCAUGGUGAUGCUGCAAAUGACGGCGCCCCCCUGCCAGCAGCCCCGGGCCCCCUCCCCCUGCCAGAGGAAGCAGCCCGGCCACAAACACUCGGGCCCGGAUCACCAGCGCAGCCGCCGGCCCGCCGAGCUGCCUCCGCUUCCAGACAACACACAGAGCAGCCUGCCCUCGUCUCCGGCACUCACUCCUUCGCCAGGCCAGCCGCCCAGCGUCAAGGGCCUCCCGUCAGGCAUCUCGCCCAUCCCUGUCAUGGCCCACCACCCGCACCACCACCCACAGCUCCCUACAGCCUUCUGCCACAGUGGACAAGGUGAAGCGCACUAUUCUCUACUGGGCCAACCUCUGCAGUACAAACCCUCCAUCAGACCUCCGCUGAUCCACACUGCACACAUGAUGGCCAAACACCAAGGUCCACUGGGGGUUUGGCGUAGCGGUCACGGGAGGAAGGCCAGCAGGAAGCCUCUGUCUUCAGAUCUCAGUGUAGGUGAAGCAGUGAGCAGUCAGAUGCUGGAAGUGACACGUCCUCCGGAGGGGAUCAGCUGUACAGACUCCCACCGCCUCCUGGCAGAGCUCUGCAAAGGGGGCGGACUGAUCCGGCGGCUGUCGGACCACCAGCCCCGGCUGUGCGACGCCACCAGAGACGCUCCCGGCGGAGACUUGGCCUCAUCAUACUCUAUCUUCGCCAUGCUCCCCUCCAGAUACGCCACCCCGAGCGCCGCGCUCCACCACGCCGGCCCCCAGGGCACCUUUAAACUCCGAACUAGCACCAGACACAAAGGGGAGCUGUGCGACUGGGACCGGGCCGGCUCAUAGCUGCUACGAUCUCGGUGCGUCGACAAGGAGCGCCACAUGAACAUGCGCACAUCCAACCACCUGCCUCUGUUGCCUCAGUCUGGACUGUCUCCCAGACUCUGUCCAAAUAUCAAGCGUUUGAAGAAUGAAUGUUCACUUUUGUUUUUCUUUUUUUUUCUUCUUUGGUUCCGGCCAACAGGUCUGUGCAGGGUGGAAACCGAUGCACCAAAACUUCUUUGUAAAAUGUGGCUGCUGAGCUCAACUGAAAAACAAAAAAAAACCCGAGUUUGCUGUUCUGAAGUGUUCUUUUGUUUUAUUUCUUUUUUUCUUGGAGAUCCACUGUGGCUGUUCUAAUAGCAGGCGUGCGAGUGUGACGCGGCGCCACAUCAGGAAAAAAAAACGCGCAUAGACCUGUUUGUUUCUAGAAUGUUUUCUUUGUGCCCACUUUAGAAGAUUAGACCGUAUAAUAAUCGUGUUUAAAUCAUAUCACAUGUUUGGUUUGGUUCACCUUUGAUCGACACCCGUACAAUUAGAAACACUGAAUGACAAAUAUGCUACCUGAGUUAUCCGAAGUCACCGUUCAACACAGUGAAUGUUGCAUUUGCACUGAAGUGAUGAUGGAGAUGGAGAUCGGUAUCGGACAGAGCCUGGAUUUUCUUUUAUUUACCCCCCCUCUAAUACCUGUUUGUUGCACUCGACCAGGCCACUUUGUUUUAUAUAUUAAAUUAAAAUGUUUAUAUGCACAAGAAAAAUGCAAUCGUCACUCAUAUGUUUCUGUGUGAAUCAUGAGAGGUGUUCUGUGUAUGGUGUGGCUAUUUUUAUUUUUAUUUUUGGUUUUUGGUUUGACUCUAAUAAAUGUUUGCACCACA